AAGACAGCUCAGAAUACAUUUGGACAUUAAAGUGACGUUUACCCAGCUGAUUGUAUUGAACGGGCAGGCAGGACAGGAUAUAACCUACUCGUCUCUUGAAUUUUCGCUUACAACGGGUCUAAACGGUGAAGAAUGGACGGAAUAACGACUUACAAUAAUUUCUUAGCAUUACAUAAACCGCAGUUAGUUCUGUCUGGAGUUCCAGAACAUUUUUGGCCAUCAAUAUGCAAGAAAAUUACAGACCAAAUUUUUGAUGCCGGUUUAACAUUUCAACUGGUUCAAAUAGAUUAUGAAGACACGGAAAAAAUGCCCUACGAUCCUUUAUGGAGUGUAAUUGCAAUCCGGGAUAUCGAGUGCUCAGAUGCUAGUCAUAUUUACUUGAUUGACCACGCGUGGACUUUCAAGGCAAAUAGUAUUAAAAGUAGUCUAAGAAAUGUGCCGGGGCUUUUGGAAAGAAUGUGUAAUAUGAUGCAAGUAUCUGCAGAAACAACUGAGAAUCAAAUUGAUGAAGUAUCAAAAGCGGUGUGGAAGUAUGCACACACUUAUGCAAUUGGUGGUGAUGAAUUUUCGAUUGAAGAACGAGUUCCAGUGUGGUACGUCUUAGACGAAUUGGGUUCUGGAAUUACUCAUUCAGACACGCCCAAUUUCCGAGCAGUGCCUUUCAUAUAUGUGCCUGAACAAUUAACUUACACAUUACUGUUUCCAGUAAAAGAUGUUGAAGAAGGUGACAUGGUCACCAGAAACUUUGUAGAGGGUCAGUUCCAUGACCCCAUGCAGAGAGAAGCAAUGCUUAUCCCAUGGAAGCACUAUGAACAUUUUGGGGAAGAUUUUGUUCAGGUGGAGCCAAGUACCAAAUAUUUUUUAGAGGGUCACAUAGUGGAAACUCUUCCGGAGUUAGAUUUGUUGAAAGUAAGAGAGAUUAAUGACACUACUAAGUUAAAAGUGUACUCAGAGUACAGAUAUAUCAAUGAACACCUCACAGCUCCCGAGUUUGAAAUAGUGGACAAUGAAAAUGAUGCUGAUGUACUGUGGUACAUUAACCAUUUCAAAGAAUUUCAAGAUUUAAGUGUUCAAUCGCCACACAAAUUUGUUAAUCAAUUCCCAUUUGAAUAUGUAAUGACAAUAAAAGAUUUGCUAGCUGUAAUUGCUAGGCGGUCUGCAGAAAAGUACUGUGAUGAAAAUAACUCCCUUGAUACAAACCCAGUUUGGUUGCCUACAACCUUUAAUAUGAAAACUGAGCUGCCCAAGUUUGUUACAUAUUAUAUGCAGAGGAGGAAGGCUGGAUUAGAUAACCAUUGGAUAUGUAAACCAUACAACCUUGCAAGGGGUUUGGACACUUAUAUCAGUGACAAUUUAGAUUUCCUAUGCCGAUUACCUCUGACUGGUCCUAAAAUUGCUCAGAAGUACAUUGAUAACCCUGUCCUCUUUGAAAGACCAGAUGUUGGCCUGGUCAAGUUUGACAUUCGCUAUGUGAUACUCUUGACUUCUGUUAGACCAACAGAGGUUUAUGUUUACAAUAAUUUCUUCCUUCGAUUUGCUAAUAAACCAUUCUCUUUGGACAGCUUUGAAGAUUAUGAAAAACACUUUACAGUAAUGAAUUACAGUGGUACUGCCCAGCUUUUUAAGAUGUUAUGUGCAGACUUCAAAGCUGAGUGGUCUAGGCAGUUUGCCAACUAUGAUUGGGCAGAUGUUGAAAAAUCAAUAUUCAAGAUGUUAUCAGAGUUAUUUGAUGCAGCUACAUCAAAGGGGCCUCCUUGUGGAAUAGGGAAGAGCCCACAAUCCAAGGCAUUGUAUGCUGCAGAUAUUAUGCUGAGUUGGCGUAACGUCGGAAAUGAAAAGGUCAUUCAACCCAUCCUGUUGGAGAUGAAUUGGAUGCCAGACUGUCGGCGCGCAUGCGAAUAUUAUCCCGACUUUUAUAACGAUAUCUUUUCUGUAAUGUUUUUGAAUAAGGAAGUGGAGACCUGUACGAAAGUUAUGUAAACUAAGCAAAGCUUUAAGCAAUAUUUACAAAUGAUUUACACAUUCAGCCUUGAUAUGCAUUUACCCAUUUAUUGUAUUUACAUUUUGUUACUCACAUAAUAAAACAAUUGAAGCCUGA